AUGACAGAUAAACUAGAUGAACUAGAAUCUUCUUCGUGGCUUCGAACUGCACCCGCUGUUCUGGAUCUCAUAAAGGUCUUUCUGAUUGGGUUGUCUUUGUUUCAGUCACGUGUUAUGAUUCUGUGGUCGCCAACACCAACUACAUCGCCAGCACAUCAAACCUUCUUUGAAAGAGAAUCGUCUCGUAUACAAAAGACACCUGCAGAAGUGGCCGACUGGCGCCCUCGUGCGGUACUGUUCUGGAUGUUCAACACCGUCGAAGCUGCUAAAUGA